AUGACUCGCUCGCAGUGGCUUACCCGUGAUGCUGCUGCUCGCCUAGCCAUUCGCAACCACCUGCCGGUAGCUGAAUGCGAGCAUUUUGACCAGGCAAAGACUGCUAAGGCCCUCUACGACGCUGUUGUUGCACGUUACUAUUCCCCUGCCACUGCAGCGCUAAGUCGCCUCUUCUUUCCCUACCUUUUCCCCGACAUGUCGUCCUUCGCCACUGUAGACGACCUUAUCUCCCACCUUCGCGCUAUGGAGACUCGUUACUGUGCUGCCCUCCCUGCCGAGUUCCUCCCCAAGAACGAGCCCCCGAUCUACAUCACUCUCCACUUUAUAGUGACCCGCCUCCCUGACUCUCUUAGUGCAGUCCGGGACACCCUUCUCGCCCUCGCCCCCACAGACCUCACCAUCGACCUGCUAGGGAAGCACCUUCUUGCAGCUGAGGCUAACAUAGUCGCUGUAGGUGCUACCCGUGGCACCCCUGGCACACCCUUCUUUGAGGGGUGUUCCCCCUCCCCCCUUGCCCCCUCUGUUGCCUCUGCCACUGUUGUCAACUUCCUUGGUGCUGAGGAGCGGGGGGGGGUGCUGGUGGAGGUGGUUGGGGUGGCGGAGGUGGUGGAGGUGGCGGUGGGAGUGGUGGGGCGAGUGGGGGCGUCGGCGGCGGAGGUGGCAGCGGCGGCGGGGGUGGUGGGGGCAGUGGUCGUGGUGGUAGUGGGAGCAGUGGUGGCGGGAGUGGCAGCGGCGGGAGUGGUGGCAGCGGCGGCGGUGGUGAUCGCUCUGGCAGAGUUCAGCGGCAGUAGCAGCAGCGUCUGCGUGAGACCCCCUCGCCUUAGCAGCUUCGUGAGUGGCUUGCUCAGCAUGCAGCGUCUAGGGGUGGUGGUAGUGGUCGCUGCUCGUACGUUAUUCGCACAGGAGAUGGGCGACGAGCUUGAGCUGCCUCGCUGGGCAGAGCUGCUUAGGACUGGUGUUGAUAUCUUUGCUCUUGCCCUUGAUGCUAUCAUUGCUGGAAUUUAUGCUCUGUCUACUAAUGUUGAGGGUGACUGUUACUUGUGUGCGCCGUAUGACCCUGGUAUAGAGGCUGCUGCUCUUGACUUUGAUGCUACCAUUGCUGGAAUUUCUUGCACGCUCCUCUACUGUGCUCCCGUGCCCGGCCGUUCCGCCAGGUUCCCUAUCAGGUCUCCACCUCCCCUCGUUCUCGACGAACUUGCCCCUCUGCAUACUCUCCACAUGGACGUGUGGGGCCCAGCCCGCGUCCAGGGACAGGGCCGCGAGCGAUACCUCCUUCUGGUUGUCGACGACUACUCGCGUUACACCACGGUCUUCCCCUUGCGCAGCAAGGGUGAGGUCCCUGCUGUUUUGAUCCCUUGGAUCCGAGCUGUCCGUCUCCAGCUGCGCGAGCGGUUCCGCACGGACCUUCCUGUCCUGCGUCUGCACUCUGACAGGGGUGGUGAGUUCUCCUCUGGCCUCUUGGGGUCCUUUUGUGAGGAGGAGGGCAUUCACCAGUCGUUCACGCUUCCGGCCUCUCCGCAGAAGAAUGGGGUUGCUGAGCGCCGCAUUGGCUUAGUCAUGGAGGUCGCUCGUACCUCCAUGAUCCAUGCGGCUGCUCCCCAUUUUCUAUGGCCGUUUGCGGUCCGGUACGCGGCGCAUCAGCUCAACCUCUGGCCCCGUGUCUCCUUGCCGGAGACCUUGCCUACACUUCGUUGGACGGGGGAGGUUGGCGAUGCGUCGGUGUUCCGGGUCUGGGGUUCCAGUGCGUUUGUCCGCGAUUCCACCACGGGCAAGCUCUCCUCUCGCGCCAUUCCCUGCGUCUUCCUUGGCUUUCCCACUGACGCGCCUGGCUGGCAGUUUUACCACCCCACCUCGCGCUGGGUUUUUGCAUCUCAGGACGACACGUUUGACGAGUCGGUCCCCUUCUACCGUCUCUUCCCCUACCGCACUGCCCCUCUCCCCCCCCCCCCCGCCGCUCUUCCUUGCUCCAGGUCCCCCUCUGGUAGACCCCCUCCCCCCUCAGGGUCCUGCUCCUUCAGGUGUCUCUCAGGUAGACCCACUUCCCUUAGCUGA